GCCAUGUACACAUCGGCGUGCUUUUCUGUCUUAAGAAAAGCAUAUAGCACGAAUUAGCUCCGGAUCACGAUGACUCCCACGACAAUAGAUGGCGUCACGAUUCGCAUCAUGCGCCCGGAGGAUUAUCCACAGGUGAAAGCCUACAUGGAGGUUGAGUACUACACUGCGGAGCCUCUGAGCCAGGCCAGCGGCGAACCUGUUCACCUGCAAAACGAGGAGAUCAACGACGCCUUCAACCAGUCGAUAAUCGCCGAGGGCACCAGCCUUUUGGCGCUCGAUGAAAACGAUGGUGGCCGGAUUGUGGGCCUAGUUCUGGCAUGUGCCAGUUACCCCGAUAAUGUCAAUAAAGGAACAUUGAACUUGAAGCUCGAGAAUGUGGAGGAUAACGCUUGGGGUCGCAUGUAUCAUUUACUAAUGAAGGCCAAGCGCGAAGUCAAUCUGUUUGAGCGCUACGACAUCCCGAAGGCGCUCUACUCCCACGUGACCAGCGUGGCCUCCUGGAAGAGGGGCAAGGGCCUGGGCUCCCGCCUGGCCGCCACCCUGAUGGACCUGGGCCGAUCGAAUGGCUUCCCCCUUAUGAUGGCCUUCUGCACUAGCUUCUACUCUGCUCGCCAGAAGGAGGCUUUGGGCAUGGAGUGCAUCUAUUCCAUCGACUACGCCGACUAUAAGGACGAUGAAGGACGAGUGAUAUUCACACCGGCAGCCCCACACACAAAGCUGCGCGUGAUGUCAAUCAAACUGUGACAGUUGAAAAAUAUAUUAUAUAACAAUAGUUAUGUUCAUUUUAUACUUAGCACGCUUUUGGGGGACCAAUAGAAUUUUAACAAUGUGUUUCGUACUUUAAGAUAAGAGGCAAGAUCUUGCAAUGCUUCAUUCUUUCGGUUCGAAGUAACCGAUUCAUGCUGACGCGCCAAAAUACUAAAAUGUGCGUAUCGAUAGCUCGGAAAGCCAAAUGCUUUGGAUAAUUAAUCGAAUUGCGGUAUGCGAUAGUUUCCGCAUAUCGCCCAUCGGCCACCACUAGCUGUCAUUCGGCGACGCGACGAACUGAAAUCAACGUGCUUAUUUUCCGCUCGGUAAUUUGCCAGAAAAAAACUAAUCGAAAUGGGCGUACAAGUGG